AUGGCUAAUCAUGGACCAGCAUACGGACUGAGCAAGGAAAUUCAAAGAAAAGUAAAAAAAAAACAGUAAAAACAUUUUUAUUCAUUUAGAAUCAAGCAAGGUUUAGUAUUGAAGAAGCUCGGGAAGUAUUGGCCUGGAUUGCUGACGCAACCGGCUGUCAUUACGAACAACAACCAUCUGAAUUCGAAUCUGACGCGCAAGUUAGUGAAGCACUCAAAGAUGGUACUAUAUUGUGCGAGUAUGUUUUGGUUAUUAAAAAUUUUAUUUUUCAAAUACAUAACUAACGGUGGCAAAGUUUAAAAGAAGUUUCUUAAAAUAAUUUUACAGGGUGUUCCAAGAAAAAUUUUAAAAACUAACCAGCUAUAACUUGGCUACAAAAAUAGAUAAAAAUGCCAAACUUGGUAUACAUGAAGAUUGGGCCCACAAGUUUUUUGUCGCAAAAUUUCAAAUUUUUAUAGUUCAAAUUAAGGGCGCUAUGAUUUUUUGAAAAAUUGUCAUUUUCCCCCGAAAUACACAUAUUUUUGAUUGGAAAUGCUUUUUUCGGUGAAAUUUUCUAAGUUUUUGGAAGACUUUUAAGGUAAAAAUCUUAUUUCGACCAAAUCUUUCGAUGUUUAUCACAUUUUUUUUGGUUUUAGCUUCGUUUUCGGACGUCGGCGGAGAGUCGGCGGAGGCGUACCGAUGUCGGCGAAGACUAUAACUCGCUUCAAACUUAACGUAAAAAAUUGAAACAAAAACCGUUAUUGUUCAAAUAUGGCAAUCUAUACUUCUCUUAUAAAAAACAUUUGUAUAUCAGAUUGAUUAAUAAGUUGUUGGGCUCACCCAGUGCUGUAAAGUAUCAUAAGAAUCCGCGAAUGCCUUUUCACAAAAUGGAGAACAUUUCCAACUUUUUGGAUGCCAUCAAAGAAUAUGGAGUGAAGGAGAUUUCUUGCUUUCAAACAGUCGAUUUGUACGAAAACAAACAGUGCUACAAAGUUAUCGAGUGUUUGCGAGGAUUGGCUGCUGUGGUAAGACAACUUUUAACGUCUUAAUAAUAAUUUAACUUAACAUGUUUUUUAAAAAUAUUUUUUGGUAGGGUAACGUAGGAUAGGUCAAGAAUUUAUUAUUAUUACAUAUUAUUAAUAUUUUGUCAAAAAAAACGUAUACUGAGAUGAUAUGACUUCUUAUCGAUAUCUGCGAAAGUGUUCUUGUAAUUACAUAUAUUUUUGUAAAACGACAUAGAUGUUAGCAUAUGCCGCAGCUUCUAGGGCACAGCCUUGCCAUGAUAUUCCUGUAUACCUAAAAUUGUAAUUGCUUUAUAUCGUUUGAACUCAAUGUUAUACUAGGUACUAAAAACUCUUGAAUCAUAACAAAUUUAAAAGUAAAAAAGAAUUUUUUUUAAAUAACUUACAAACUCUCCGCAUAAAAACGUUUUUCGAACACAAUCCGUCCGUUUGUCAGAACAAUGGUUUUUCUUGAUUUUUUCUUCCUUACUAGCUCGUUCUUCUUUUAUAAUCGGUUUAAAAUUAUCUUCAAUAUCAGGUAGCUGAAUCUCGUCGUACUCUUCUAACGUUUUUGGUUUAGGUUUUGGUGUUCUUGUACGUCUUCUGUAUCUUCUUUUUCUUGUUGUAGUUGUAGUUGUGGUGGUGGUAGUUGUAGUAGUGGUAGUAGAAGAUGUUGUGGGUUUUUUGGUUACAACUGGCAAUGGCCUAAAGUUUAAGCCUUCUGGUGCUGCGUUUUCAUACUCUUCUUCUGUUUCAUCGUAAUACUCGACUUCUUCGUAUUCUGCUGCUUUUGUGGUUAUGUGGGCUUUCUUUACUUUUUUCACGUUUUUGGUCUUCUUAUUCUUUUUGGGAUCUGAAUAUUUGAAAAAUAAUAUUUUAGGAAAUUAUGAAAACGGUAGUUAAAAGCUAUUUAAACCAUAUUAAAUACUGUUUUUACAAUUUAAAAUCUUAUAAUUACCGCAAAAUCCGCAUGUAACAGCACAGUACUUGGUCAUCAGUCUUUUGUACUCCUAAAUGAUAAUUAAUUUUACUAUUAGUAAUUAAUAUUUAAAACUUUUUUAUUUAAAAUUGCAUUUUACGUACUUGAAGGACGCAUACAUAAGCUUUUCCUUGACAUUCAACUACUUUGUCUUCACAUUCGGUUAUAUUAACAUCUUCUUUUUCCUCUUCUUCUGAUUUGUAAUCGUCUUUUUUGUUAUUUUCGUAAGAUGCACCUAAGCAGUUGUUUUGUUAAGUUUAAGUUUGUAUCAGUAUUUGAUACGUUAAAAUCUUAGAAAUUGGAUUUUUUUUACUGCAAAAAACUAUAAGCACUUUUGAAAGUUAAAACUUACAACAAUAAGAUUUUCCUUGUAUUUUUUCGCAAAUCAACGUAUGAUCAGCUUGGCAAACUCCGUUAACACACUCUAAAAUAUAAGACAUUUUUUAGUUUAUUAUCCUUGUUAAAAAAUUAUUUUUCAAUUUACCUAAAAAUGCAUCUACUCCAUCAGAACACUUUUGACUUUUAGCACGAUGGUUAAAAUGCAAGAGCACCAGUAGUAACAUAAGAAUUAAUACGUAGUUUUCUUUCAUUAAUUAGUGUGUUACAGAAGAAUCUGAACUUUAUGAAUUAGUAUGAACAAUUUUAAAAAUAUUUUUAUGUAGCGAAGUAUUUUUUUCAAAGCUUGAACUUCAAAAACGAAAGCACUAAAACAAGCUCUAGUGUCACUAGUUAAAAUAUGUUUGAAAAUUAAACGUAGACUUUGUACAAGCUGUUAGUAUUAAAUAAGGGAAAACCGUCUGGACUUGAUGAACUGAUUCAUUUCUUUUGUUAAAUUAUAUGUUUUUGUUAUGUUAAUGCAUGUUGUGUAAACAUAAAAAUGGACACUUGACUGGCCAGUUUUCUGAUUUUAUAUGAAAGAGGCUUUAUCUGCUGGUAUGUAGGCUUUACUUUAGUAAAGGAUGACAGUCUAGUAUUGUUUCUAAGUUAGGUUUUGCUUUCUAGCGUGACUUAAAACAAAAUUCCGUUUUAAUUUCUUUUCUGCGUCUCAUUAUAAGUAUAGUGUUGCAAAAUUUUACAAAGUUAUUAAAAAAAUGUAUUGGAGUAAGUAUUGUCAUUGUUAAAACAUUUUUAUUCAGGCUCAAAGCCGUAACGCGCCGGUCAAUUUUCCACAUUGGGUUGUGAAAUUGGCGCAGAGUCAGCCACGUCGUUUUUCUGAUGAGGUGAUUCGACAAGGCGAAGCCGUCAUUCCAUUGCAAUACGGAACCAACAAAUGUGCGUCACAAAAGGGAAUGACACCAUAUGGACUAGGUCGGCAAAUAAAUCCAAAUCCCAGUCAAUGA